GCCUGCGCAGUUCUCCGGGACGCUGUUGGGCCAAGCGUCGGAGAGUUCUGUAGACAGACGCCGGCAACCUUUGGCCGGGUUCUGAGCUUGUUCUGCCUCCCUCCCCCGGGAAUGGCGCUAUCCGGGUCGACCCCGGCCCCGUGCUGGGAGGAGGAUGAGUGCCUGGACUACUACGGGAUGCUGUCGCUUCACCGUAUGUUCGAGGUGGUGGGCGGGCAACUGACCGAGUGCGAGCUGGAGCUCCUGGCCUUUCUGCUGGAUGAGGCUCCUGGUGCCGCCGGCGGCUUAGCCCGGGCCCGCAGCGGCCUAGAGCUCCUGCUGGAGCUGGAGCGCCGCGGGCAGUGCGACGAGAGCAACCUGCGGCUGCUGGGGCAACUCCUGCGCGUGCUGGCCCGCCACGACCUGCUGCCGCACCUGGCGCGCAAGCGGCGCCGGCCAGUGUCUCCAGAACGCUAUAGCUAUGGCACCUCCAGCUCUUCAAAGAGAACAGAGGGUAGCUGCCGUCGCCGUCGGCAGUCAAGCAGUUCUGCAAAUUCUCAGCAGGGUCAGUGGGAAACAGGCUCCCCCCCAACCAAGCGGCAGCGGCGGAGUCGAGGCCGGCCCAGUGGUGGUGCCAGACGGCGGCGGAGAGGGGCUCCAGCCGCACCCCAGCAGCAGCCAGAGCCCGCCAGACCUUCCUCCGAAGGCAAAGUGACCUGUGACAUCCGGCUCCGGGUUCGAGCGGAGUACUGCGAGCAUGGGCCAGCCUUGGAGCAGGGCGUGGCAUCCCGGCGGCCCCAGGCGCUGGCUCGGCAGCUGGAUGUGUUUGGUCAGGCCACCGCGGUGCUGCGCUCAAGGGACCUGGGCUCCGUGGUUUGUGACAUCAAGUUCUCAGAGCUCUCUUAUCUGGACGCCUUCUGGGGCGACUAUCUGAGUGGCGCCCUGCUGCAGGCCCUGCGGGGCGUGUUCCUGACUGAGGCCCUGCGAGAGGCUGUGGGCCGGGAGGCUGUUCGCCUGCUGGUCAGUGUCGAUGAGGCUGACUAUGAGGCUGGCCGGCGCCGCCUGUUGCUGAUGGAGGAGGAAGGGGGGCGGCGCCCGACAGAGGCCUCCUGAUCCAGGACUGGCAGGACUGAUCCCACCUCUGAGUCUCUGGGCCACCUUCUCCUGGGAAGACGACCAUCUCUACCCCUAGAGGACUGUCACUCCAGCAUCUCUGAGGACUUCGACAGGACCAGGACAGCAGGCCCCUUGACAGUCCCUCCCACAGGAUGUGGGCUCUGAGGCCUAAACCAUUUCCAGCUGAGUUUCCUUCCCAAACUCCUCCUACCCCCAGGUGUGCUCCCUUAGCCUCUGGAGGCAGGGGCUGGGCCUGUAUCUCAGAAGGGAGGGGCACAGCCACACACUCACCAAAGGCCCCUGCACAUUGUAUCUCUGAUCUUGGGCUGUCUGCACGCUCACAGGUGCACACACUUGCUCAUGCUCACACUGCCCCUGCUGAGAUCUUCCUGGGCCUCUGCCCUGGCCUGCUUCCCAGCACACACUUUGGCCUAAGGGCUUCUCUCUCAGGACCUCUAAUUUGACCACACCCAACCUGGGCUUCAGCCACACCAGUGGGCACUGGAGCUGGGGUGCAUAUGGGGCCUGCUCACCUUGCCCACACAUCUCCAGCCAGCCAGGGCCCUGCCCAGCUUCAAUUUAUAGACCUGACUCUCCUCACCUUCCCCCUGCUGCCCAGAGCUGGACAUAGACUUGCACUUGGACUGUCACCUGGAGUGUCACAUGGGAGUGUUGUGGCAGCAUCAGACCAAGGCCUACUGUUGCACAUGGGGCCAAAACCAGUAAACAGCUGCCUUCUUAGAAAGGGAAUGCAAAGGCUUUGGGGGUAAUGGAAAAGAUCUUUUACAAAUGAUACCAAUUAAACUGCCCUGGAAAGGGCAUAGGUGGGCA